AUGUCACCUGUAAAAGGUAGUACAAGUACAACAACAGCAAAAAAAACAACAACAACAACAACUACAACAGCAAAAUCGUCUUCAAGUGGAACAUUAAAAAAAGGCAAAAAGAAAAUAGCCGCUGCACCACUCAAGGCUAAAACUGAAGCAAAAAAACUUGUUAAUCCACUUUUUGAAAAACGACCAAAAAAUUUUGGUAUUGGACAAGGUAAAAAAAAAAAAAACUUUAUUAAUAUGAAAUUUUUAUUGAUAUUUUAUUUAAAUAAGA